UCUCACUUCCUUGUUCUUCUGAGGAAGGAGAAAAAGUUUUCACGGAACGGACUAGACGGACUUCUUGUGACUUUGUUCGGCCAAGCUUAGCGUUAAAUGUUGGAACCAAACAUCUAACUGCUCAUUUAUCGCUCCCAGCUCCUUUCGAGCUGAUAAAAAGUGAAAGAGGUGAUGGCAGACAGCCGGGAAGAGGGAAAAGAAUACCAGGAGCCGCAGGGCGCCGAGGGCGGGGAAGAUAUCAUUGAUGAUCCCAUCCUGGAGCAAGGAGCGGUGGUACUCAGAGCGUAUGUGAUUGAACGUAUAAACACGGAGGAGCCCAGUCGACACGUCUCCUCGGAGCACCUGGGAGGAAGACCCAACGAACAACAGGACCCUCAUGUCAAAGAGGUGGUGGAGCAGCUGCUGAAGAUCGCAGAUGAGAUGAACAGAAACGCUGAGCUCCAACGACUGAUCAACCAGGUGCAGGCCAACUGUGCUCAGGACAUUUUCAUGAAGGUGGCUCGGAACAUCUUUGCUGACGGCAUCAACUGGGGGCGCGUGGUGGCUCUCUUCCAUCUGGCCUACAGACUCAUACACCGGGCCCUGACCACCAACCACCUAGAGAACAUCAGAACCAUCAUCGGCUGGGUUCUGCAGGUGAUCAGAGAGCAGCUCCACUCGUGGCUCGUGCAGCAGGGAGGCUGGGAGGGGGUGAUCAGCGGUUUCUCCCGGUGGAGGACAGUAGCUAUAGUAGCAUCAGUAGCAUUGGUAGCAGCUAUUGUUUACUACAGGAAGACGCGCUGACAGCCGAAGACCUCACAACCAGGGCUGCAGUCCCAUCUCCUGGAUAAACGCAGCAUGUUAAUAACGACAAUCUCUGGACAUUAAUUAAAACAUCUCCAUCUCAUCAACCACUGGAGGUCAAGAACUGGACUUGGGGGGCGGGGGGUUUCUCUUCUCAGGAUUCCCUGGAACAAAAAAGGAUUUGGAUGCUCUCAGCAGUGGCUUUCAGGAGAUUGAAGAACAAACAUGGUCUUCAAACCGAAAAGAGGAUUUCACCUGAACCAGUUCUCAGUUCCACAUCGGCUCUGUGUUGGGUCCAGACCUGAGAGGACAUACCAAUAUUGGAAAAAGUAAACAACAUCUGGCGCCUCAAUAGUCAGCCAAUCAAAAUUCUACAGUUUUUCAGUAGCUUUAUCAUGUCAGCUGGGGCUGGAAAUGUUCAUGUGUUUCAGCCCAGAGGCAGCCAUGUUGGCUUAACCAGGUCUUGCCAUUUUUUUAUACACAUGUGCAUGGCUGUGACAGAAGAAUUUAAAACUGUCAAGGUGUUAACAAGUUUUCCAACUCCAGAACACCGUGAAGCAAUUUGGGUGAACCACUCUUUAUGGAGAUAUUUUGUAGAUAAGUAGAGCCCUUUAGAUAUCAGAUACCAAUGUUCAUCAGACCUCGACAUAUAUGCCGUCUUCCACAGCAUUAUACCACUCCUCUUGAUUCAACUUCUUUCUCUUUUGGUGUCAGGUACUGUCUCUAUUUAGUUUUCACUUUUGAUUUGACCCCCUCAGUGUUGGGGAUUGGGGUGUUACCAAAAACUGUACCAUCUAUCUACAACUUUUGCUGCUUGACAACCAAAAAACAAGAAUUCAGAAUAAGUGGCAAGUUGAAAGAAUACGCUGGUAGCACAGAAAGAGCUGUGGUCAUUCAAAAUGACCGCGUUUCCAUUCUUUGGAUCAGGGCCCUUGCACCGUGUAAUGACUUUGUUAAUGUUAUCAGUUAGACAAAGUCCAGUGUCUUUGGGGGAAAAGGUCUAUUGCCAAGGCUUUUAUUGUCCUGAAUCUGUACAUCAUGAUUUUUACAGAGCUUGGACCUUUCUUACCAAAAUGAUUCUUCAGCGUUCUUGACAUACCUCCAAAGGUUUUAAUGUACCUUUGACUAUUUAUAUAUAGAUACAGAUAAAAGAUUUAAAAAAUACUAUUUAUAUAUAAAAACUCAAAUAUUUCCCUACUGAGUUGCUUAAUGUUUAUACUGUUGAUGCAACCACAGAGUUUGAUGUCAAUCAUUUAUGUAUCGAAUGUGGUCUAUGCAGGAAACUAAUGGGACUCUUAACACCCGGGCAAAGUCCUCUACCCACACUGCUGUAAAGGUGAGGGAAUGAGGGGGUGAGAUACUUUAUUGCUGGUGCUUAUAUCGAUCUAUUAGCUCAGGAACUGUGGUCAGCUGACCAUCACUGUACUGUGAACACGCCGGGGCCGCACACUGGCGCAAGUAUCUAAGAAUGACACGAGGGCUUUUUCAAACGCAUUGAUGUAGCAGUAACAGACGGAAUCCUCUGCAGCAGCAGUGUUAAGCUCAAAGCGAGGUCCUGAUAUGAUGCGACUUUAUGAUUUUGAAAUUGUAAAUGCAAUUGCCAGAAGCUAACAUUAGGCUAAAUGGCUACAUCACACUGAGUACAUCACGUCAACACCGCUAAGCUAAAGGCGGCUAAUGCUCUUCGUGAUGAUGUUUAGUAGUCAUUUAGCCACUUGUUAGUAACCGCCAAUUUUAAGACUCAUAACAUCUUCAGACUUUUAUCAAUGGGGUAUUUACGCUUAAGAAAAAUGUUGUCUUUGAUAUUAGGAUACUUCCACUAUAUUCCUGUUGCCCCUGUGAAGGCAACUGGACAAGCAGCUGUAAUAAAAGGGGAGAUGAAGGGAAGAGCCAGACUCUCAUCGUACAAAAACAUUCUCCAUAGUUCUAUACUGUAACAAAUGUUCCUGUCAAAUAACAGUAAAGUGCUGGCAGCAAAGACACCAGAGCUUUACUGUAAUACUACAGUACUCGUACUGUGAAAUGACUUUACAGCCUCUUACUGUAAAACUAGCAUACAGUAUACUGCUGUAUUUUUUCAAUUAACAGUAAAAUUCUGGUAGCAGAGCCGCCAGCAAUAUACUGAAGUUCUACAGUAUUCAUACUGUUGAACAAUUUCAGUUUAUUACUCUAAAAAAUUACAUAAUUCACAGUAACAUUCUGGUUAGGGGGUUGCCAGUAGAUUACUUGAUUUAUAGUGCAACAACUCAAUUUAGCAUUUUCGAAUAUCUUCAUAAUUAAAUUAACAUAAAAUAUGUAUUGUUCUGUAGGCUACAGACAUCUGCUUAAAAUAUGCAUUAUUAUGAACAUUAUGGGAAAUAAACUAUUUGGAAGGAUUCAAUUCAAACACACUUUUAUUUAAAGUGUCAAAUUGCACGUCAGAGACUGCACCUUACCAGACGUGAAAACACCUGAGACAUCAGUUGUUUGUUGUAACAAACUUGAACUUGACCUUGGGUCAAACAAUUUGGCUGAACACCAAGGAAACUAACACAGAGGACAUAGGUGUUUAACCUAUAAAUAAUCCUGUGAGGUUUGUGUUCUCUCAAAAAGCAGUUUAAAAUAUUUAAAUUUACUGCAAUAUAGUAUUCUCUGCUGUCUGAAAAUAAAUAUACAUCAGCAAUAACUUGUUUGAAAAAUGCAUUAUAAGCAUUAUUUAGAAAACUAUUACAAAAUGUGUAUUAAGACCAUUUUGAAAAUAUACAUCAGUAAGAACAUUUUGAAUAUCUUUAGCAACAUUUUGAAAAUAUGGAUUAUUAAGACCAUUUAGAACAUACGCACCAAUAGCAAACUGUGGGGCUUGUGUUUUGCCUCUUGAAAUAGUCCUGUGAGGUAGGUGCAUGCUUCACUUCAGGAAGAUUCUGGGAGGGUGUGGACAGUCCUGAUACAAAGAGGAUUCUUCUGGUUCAGGUAGAGAUGACCAUCACCUUGCUGGUCCUUGUUCCUCUCCUUACCAGUGUUGCCACUGUAAAACAGCAACAAACAAAAUGAAUUCAUCAAAAAUAACUAAAAUCGGGAAUGCACAAUAACAAUGCUUAAUAAAUGCUUAUAAAGCUGGGAAUACGGAAGUGUUUUGUGGCAUAAUGUGGCAAAGUCAGUCUGUCAAACAACACAUGGAGUGAGAGAGCUCACUGACCUAUAUGAAGUCCCACUCAAAGUCAAUGAGGUUCUUCAGUAGUGUGGAGACGUGUGUGUUGACUGUGGCCGACUUCUUCUGGAGGAUCACACCCGUCUUCUUGGAGACAACCUUGCCCCGGAUGGCCUUUGUUCCUCUCUCUGGGUUGAUACCAAUGAAGCGCCUGAAAUCACAAACAUUUUAAGAUCAGAGAAUGAAUGGAAAACUAUUAGGAACAUGUUGUCUUAAAGGGGUAGUUUGGGUUUUAUUCCAUAAGGUGAUAUGAGUUGCCAUCCGGUACUGACAUAAUGAGGUAUUUAUUUCUAUCAGACCCUUCUAUAUCUUGGAACUAUUUCAUUUGUUGAAAAUUGCCAGUGUAUUACUACGAACUGGAGACGGUUCACAUAUUACGCCUCUAUUCAAGCUUAUUGGCGACUUGGUAUGGGAAUCGGCUCCACUGCAUAGCAAUAGACAUAACUAAAAGAAAAUAUGUUUCAGAUAUAGAGAGUUCGGACAAGAGCAUCAAGCAGAAGAAUUACUCAAUAUAUGUUGUAUUCUCGUGUGCAUGGUUCAUGUUUUUUUCGUGUUGAGGGUUGAAAUGUUUUUGUUACUUGUCCCCAUGUUCUGCUAUUCAUAACAAAAACAUAAAUAAUAAAAUACAAUAAAAAAACAUAAUAAUUACAAGGAAAUGAAAGGAGUGUUACCUCUGAAUGAAUUCCAGAGUACAGGCUGCCUCUUCCUGAUACUGAAGGUUGAAUAUAUAGUAGAUCGCAAAGACAGCUGCAAGUCCCGUCAAAAAGGUUGAUGUGAUGCCCUCAGGUAUGACACGGCCCUCAAGGGUGAUCAUCCAUCCAUCCAGUAGUGACUUGCCCGGUUCCAGCUGAAAGUUAAAGUAUUAGCAACAUCAGAAUGUAUCUCACCUUGCGUGUACAUCUGUAAACUCAAAGAACAAUGGCCAAUCUGAUACAUAAUAUGUCUAUCAAUGAAAUGCAUACCAAGCAGUAUCAGACGAGGACUGGCAGGUAGAGUGAGGGUUGUCUCAACGUCAGCUGCGGUGGCAGACACCUGUAGAGAACAGACAAAGACGGGA